UGUUGAGUGUAAAAAGAGUGAGACUUUCAUUCAUUAUCCUCCACCAAAGGAAAGACGACGGAACCUUGCCCACAGUACUCUCCGACGUCGACCACCUAAACAGAGAGGAGUAAGUCGUCUUCUUGAGUGCUUACACUUUCUUUGCUUGAAGAUGGAUGUCACUUCGAACGAGAUUCUUAAAAGGGAAGCUGUUUCAGAGACUUUGACAAAAGGGACCGGCACUGCAGCUUAUUAUAUUGCUUCUGUUGAAAAUGCUCACUCCCCUCGUUUGAGUUGUGCUGUGAGUGUUGGCGACAAGAGGAAGAGGAAUGAGCAUGGUGGCGGCUCAAACGAUGACAGCAGUGCUGGUCUCAAGUUUAACGACUUUGAGAAGCUGCGGAAAGAAGUAAACUUUGCGGUUGGGCAGACUUGGGCUCUUUAUGAUAAAGUUGAUGGGAUGCCUAGGUUGUAUGCCCGGAUCCGGAAAGUUUCAGCUCCUUCCUUUGAGUUAAGGAUCACGAACUUGGAGCCAGAUCCAGAUGAUGAGAGAGAUAUACUAUGGUUUGAGCAAGACUUGCCUGUGUCUGCUGGUCAAUUUAGGCUUGGGAAGAAUGAGAACAUAAAAGACUGUUCGAUGUUCUCACAUGUUAUACAUUGCAAGGAAGGAAACAACAGUGGUCAUAUCACUGUUUCCCCGAGAAAAGGAGACACUUGGGCUCUGUUCAAGAACUGGGAUAUCAACUGGUCUUCACAACCUGAUUCUCACCGCAGUUACGAGUAUGAGAUUGUCGAGAUUUUGUCUGAUUACGCUGAUGGAACUGGUGUAUCUGUUGCGUUCUUGCAUAAAGCAAAAGGCUUUGCAAGUGUCUUCUUUCGAAUGGGAACUGGUGGUCAUGCAGACAUGUUUCGAGUGCCAACUGGUGAUGAUGCAGACACAUCUCAGAUUCUUCCUCAGGAUAUAUAUCGAUUCUCCCACAUGAUCCCUUCCUUCAAAAUGACAGGCUUUGAAGCAAAAGGUUUACCAAAAGAUGCUUAUGAGCUGGACCCAGCUGCGUUACCUAAAACAAUCGAAGAGAAGACCGUCCCUCCCCAUCUAAUCCCAAGACCUAAACCAGAAGCUCUCUGCUUUCCGAGUAAGAGUAAGGGGAAGGUUUUUCAAACUGGUCAGUUCUGGGCAUUUAGUUCACAUUACGAUUACAUGCCUCGGUCCUACUGUAGGAUUCAGAAGAUCACCGUAACUCAGGCAUUCGAGCAGGAACCAGAAAUAAAGAUGCACGUAUGUCGUCUAAAACCUACUCCAUUCCCUGAGGGUUUCAUCAGGUGGCUGGACAAGAGCAUGCCUGUUGGUUGUGGAACUUUCUCGGUGCCUAAAACUUGCUCAAUAUUCACCCCAGGACACGUCUCACAUCAGAUAUUUCCUCAACCCUCCAAGGAUGGGACUGAAUGUACCAUUCUUCCCAAGAUCGGCCAAGUGUGGGUGAUUUACAGAUCAUGGUUUCAUGACUAUGAUGUCAAAGCAUUGGAAGGAAAGUACAUGGACUAUGAAGUCGUUGAAGUUCUUGAUGACGGCUUGAACUAUAAGGUUUUAGCGUUAACGCCUGUCGAGUUUCCUAAUGAAGAAACAAAUAGAUUCUUCAGAGCGGCUAAGAGUAGGCCCUCUUAUCGUCAUGAGGUGGAUGGGACAGGAGUGAUAUUUACAAUCCCACAGUCGAAAAUGAUCAGAUUCUCUCAUCAGAUUCCUGCUUCUCGUGUAACCAAAGAGAUAGAUGGAGAAAUGGAAGUGCUUUUUGAAGUUGAUAAUAGCGCAGUGCCUUAUCAUUGUGACCUUUGAGCAAAGGAUGUGAAGGAAGUAUUCCUCAUUGCUAGCUUUUUGGUGUUCUUGACUGGAGAUAUAAGACAGAGUUCAAACUUAGCCUUUUCUCCAUGGCUGUUCUUUUGUUGUGUUCAAAUCUUGUAUUUCUGACAAUGUAGUAACAAAAAAAAAAAAAAAGACUUCUCUAUGUUGUGGUUUAGUCGU